AUGUCUAGCCAGCCCCUCCUCCAGUCAGCUCCAGGCAAGAGGAUUGCACUGCCCACUCGUGUUGAACCCAAGGUCUUCUUCGCCAACGAACGAACGUUUCUCUCAUGGCUCAACUUCACCAUCGUCCUCGGCGGCCUGGCCCUCGGCCUGCUCAACUUUGGAGACCGCGUCGGCCAGAUCAGCGCUGCCCUUUUUACAUUUGUCGCCAUGGCUGCCAUGAUAUAUGCGCUAGUGACGUUCCACUGGCGAGCUCAGAGCAUCAGGAGACGGGGACAGAGCGGGUUUGAUGACCGGUUCGGCCCCACGGUGUUGGCCAUCGCAUUGCUCGCAGCCGUUAUCGUCAAUUUCGUGCUGAGGUUCCGACAAGGUAGCGCCAAAUGA